AUGUCCUUCCAAGGCAAGAAGAACACCCCUCGGCUCACGAGUGACUGCCUUCUCAUCCGAGGUGGGAAGAUAGUGAACGAUGACCAGUCCUUUUACGCAGAUCUGUACGUCGAAGACGGUCUGAUAAAACAAAUUGGGGAAAACCUCAUCGUGCCUGGGAACGUCAGAAUGAUCGAUGCACACGGCCUGCUGGUCCUCCCAGGUGGGAUCGAUGUCCACACACGGCUGCAGAUGCCUGCGCUGGGCAUGACCCCAGCUGACGACUUCUUCCAGGGCACGAAGGCCGCUUUAGCGGGAGGCACCACCAUGAUCUUGGACCAUGUGUUCCCGGAGGCGGGCGUGAGCCUGCUGGCUGCGUAUGAGCAGUGGCGAGAGCGGGCGGACAGCACAGCCUGCUGUGACUACUCCUUGCACGUGGACAUCACCCGCUGGCACGAGAGCAUCAAGGAGGAGCUGGAGGCCCUGGUCAAGGACAAGGGAAUCAACUCCUUCCUGGUCUUCAUGGCAUACAAGGACAGGUGUCAGUGUGCGGAUGGCCAGAUAUAUGAGAUCUUCACCAUCAUCCGAGACCUGGGGGCUCUGGCCCUGGUGCACGCAGAGAAUGGGGACAUCAUUGAGGAGGAGCAGAAGCGGAUGCUGGAGCUCGGCAUCACAGGCCCGGAGGGCCAUGUGCUCAGCCACCCUGAGGAGGUGGAGGCUGAGGCUGCGUUCCGAGCUGUCACCAUCGCCAAGCAGGCCAACUGCCCGCUGUACAUCACCAAGGUCAUGAGCAAGGGCUCAGCGGACGUGGUCGCCCAGGCCAAGAGGAGGGGGGCCAUCGUGUUUGGGGAGCCAGUCACUGCCAGCCUGGGCACCGAUGGGUCCCACUACUGGAGCAAGAACUGGGCAAAGGCCGCAGCCUUCGUCACCUCACCCCCCAUCAGCCUGGACCCCAGCACCCCAGACCAUCUCACCUCCCUGUUGUCCAGCGGAGACUUACAGGUGACCGGCAGUGCCCAUUGCACCUUCAGCACCGCUCAGAAGGCCGUUGGCAAGGACAACUUCACACUCAUCCCAGAGGGCACCAAUGGCGUGGAGGAGCGCAUGGCCGUGGUCUGGGAGCAGUGCGUGGCCUCAGGGAAGAUGGACGAGAACCAGUUUGUUGCUGUGACCAGUACGAAUGCCGCCAAAAUCUUCAAUCUUUACCCCCGGAAGGGCCGAGUGGCUGUGGGUUCUGAUGCUGACCUGGUCAUAUGGAACCCCAGGGUCACCAGGAUCAUCUCGGCGAAGAGCCACAAUCUGAAUGUGGAGUACAACAUAUUCGAAGGUGUGGAGUGCCACGGGGCCCCCACGGUGGUCGUCAGCCAGGGACGUGUUGUGCUGGAGGAUGGGAAUCUGCUUGUCACACCUGGGGCCGGCCGUUUCAUACCCCGGAAGACAUUCCCAGACUUUGUUUACAAGAGGAUAAAGGCGCGGAACAGGCUGGCGGAGACCCAUGGUGUGCCCCGAGGCCUCUAUGAUGGGCCAGUCCAUGAGGCUGUCAUGCCAGCAAAGGCAUCCGGUGGUACUCUGGCACGUGCUUCAUGCCCAGGCAAGGUCUCUGUGCCACCCAUACGGAACCUGCACCAGUCAGGGUUCAGCCUGUCAGGGUCUCAGGCGGAUGACCACAUCGCUCGGCGCACAGCGCAGAAGAUCAUGGCACCCCCUGGUGGCCGCUCCAACAUUACCUCCCUCUCUUAA